AUGGGUGUGAUCCUUCACAUCAUUGUCGUCGGCUUUCACCACGCGCAUGGCCCCAUUGUCGAGUACGCUUACCCGCCAUUCCCUGGCCAGGCUGAACAGACUUGCUUGACUCGACUAGAAGUGCCUGAGGAAUGGAGUCUUUUGCCCUUCUUGGCCCUCCCAGACGGUAGUCAUCAAAGCGAUGAAGACUUUACAUACUUCCACCUGCCACCCGUCAAGAGCAGGAAGGAUGUUGCCUCAACCCUCUUUGGCAUCUCUUGCAAUCGCCAAAUCUUGACAAAGGAUCUUGUGGUCAAGACAGAUGAUGUCACCCGCAGCUCUGUCCAAAAGGCCAUCGUCGUCCUUGCUACUCAGCCCAUUUUUGGAGUCCUUCGACAGCGAUUGGCGGUAGUCACUGCCGCCUGGUUUGGCCAAAAGGACUUUACUCAGACAGAGAUUCUUGCACUAGUUAAAAAGUUCAAGUACAAGGUCUUGGUCCUCUUAAAGCUACUGCUUCUCGAGAAGAGGGUAGGUCUUGCCGUUAUUUUCUUUGGAUACCCAGUGGAAACCUUGUGCACCUACCAGUACUCCCUCAUGUCGUUGGUGCCGGGAUUGCUAAAGUCACUUCAGGAUACCGGAUCGCCCUUGCUGGACUCUCAGGAAGACUACAUGCGCAGCAUGUCAAAGACGCCAGCCCACUCGACUGACAAGCAAGAACUCUUCAAAUACCUGGGGCUGCCGCUUCACAUUUUUGGCGAGGGCUCAUUCUUUCAGCCAUAUCUGCCUCUCCAACAGAUCGACAUCUUGCAGGACCCUCGCACUAGGAGUUACAUUAUCGGAACCACCAACGCCAUUUUCUUACACAACCGCGACUGCGGUACGGAUGUCAUUGUCAACACUGAGCCAGGAACUAUCGAAUUUCUGCAAGACUCCCUCUCUGGGAUCCUUAGCCUGACAUCAGCCGACCGGAGGUGGAUGGACGAAGUUAUUCAGGCUGUUAACGAAAGUGAGAGCACAGAUUCUCAGACGGAGUAUGCGGGAAGUGACGAUUAUCUGCGCGCAAAAUUUGAAGAGUACAUCUUGACACUUUUAUCGAGCGUCAAGCAUGCCCAAAAAGUCACCCAGACCGAGGAUUCUACCGAAGGCAUGGGCAAUCCCAGUGACCGGGACAUGACGGCGGACUAUGGAACGUACUUCAUCAGGGCAUGGCAGCAGACACCUAACUACCAACUCUGGAAUGACUAUGUGGAUUGGGAGCUGCUGAACGAGAUUGUGGCCCCAGGACACCCCUGCCAAGGCAACUUUUCUCUCGCUCAUGUCCAACGACGCCUCGCGAACCAAUUGAAAGACAUGAGGAUAGACAAGAACUUGGUUCCAUUGAAGCAGUCCUUCUCAAGAGCCAUGACAACGAGCCGCGAGCGGAUCUCUAACGUUUUUGAUUCGGUGUGGCAGGAGUUUGAAAAGUUGCAGCCGGAGGAAGGGCCUCAACCCGCGUCACUAGAGCCAGGAAUCUAUCGCCCUCGGUCAAGAGAACCCUCACUGGCAGAGGGUAAGGGACUUGUCAGGAGCACGUCUACAAAUCGGCGUCGGGAACCUACAGCUCGAUCCAUUCCCGAUCCAGAUGCUACCCCAGACGACGACUCCAACGACGCCAUUUCACCACCAGUAUCAUACAAAUCCUCAUCACGGCGUACAUCUAUGCAACAACAGCCCGCAUCACGGACAAGUUCGGCGGCAGCAUCACCCGUCCCGUCAGUCGCUUCAAGUUUAGGACCAGCCACUGCGGCAACGGCGGCUUUGGGACAGAAGGCGGCCGGGAUGUUUUCGAACGUGUCGAGUUUCUUCCAGACCAAGAAGAAGGAGCUUUUGGAUGCACAGCGGGAGGCGGAGGAGCAGUAUCAGCAGCGGGUGCAUCAGCAUGAGCGCAAGAAGAAGAUUAUGCAGGAACGAGCCCGUGCAACUGCGUCCACUUUUGCGAUCUCUCCUAAACCUGUGGUGGGAGCAGCUAAGGCAAACCCUGGAUCUGGAUCUGGAUCUGGACCCGAUUUAGCGGUGUCACAGCAGCAGCAGCAGAGUGAGCCGGGGCUGUUUUCGUUUGUGACCCCUCGUUCACCGACACGGUCACAGGCAUCGCCCAGGUCUCCUACUUCGCCCAAGGGUGCGCGGUCACCUCUAAGCUUUACUGGGAUGGCAACAGGGUCUCCUGAGCAAGCCGACGCCUCAACAGCAGCAACAACGAGAAAAUCAACCAAUGUGGCUGAUGAAUCGACAAAGCCCGUGCCGAUUGUGUCACCUGUACCUGUACCAGCUACGCCAUCCACUGUUGUAUCACCUAGACUGAGCCGAGGCGGAGAAGUCAUGUCGUCAAUCGGUGGGGGUGGACUCGUCAAGGAUGUCGAUCAGGAAAGCCAACAAGAGAUCGAAAAGGAGCUCUUGGAGGCCUUAGAGACUCUUGAUAACAUUGUUCCGACUCCCCCCUUGGCUUCGCCUUCGGCUUCACGAUUGUCGGCUGUGGCGGCUGCACAACCGGGAUUGACGGCGUUGUUGACACCGACUCCUGAACGGAGUGUGACGCCUGGUGGGGAGUCGUAUUCGCCUUUUUCUGAGGUCUCUGUGCCUUCCUCGCCUGUCAUUGGGGCUACUGAGGCCUCGACAGUGGUGGUGGAUGAUCCCUUGGGAGUCUCGUCAAGUCAGGAGGAAUUGAGGUCGAAAGAUGUUGCAGUUGUUGAUGCAGGCGAUAGUGAAACAGGGUCGUCUACUACUACUGGUGUUAAUGCUGUUGCUUUGGGCGAAGCACUCCUUCCCUGA